GGUUUGUGACAGCUAGGGUCCAUUGUCUCUGUAUUGUCUAUCUGAUAUUUUCUAACCUAAAAUGCUUUGUAAUGUCGGUGUAAUAAACUUAUCAAUUGCCUGUUUAAAAAACAUUUCUUAUCGUUUACUAAGUAUGGCGAUCUAGUACUAAGAAACUGUUUAAUUUUUUUUGAGAAAUAUGGCCAACGAUCGCGAAAUUCUUCGUGAAGUUUGGGAGGGUAAACUUCCCAUAUCAUUUCAACUGGAUCCUGAUGAAGUUGUUGAAUUGCAACAACCAGAUCAGUUUUAUUUAAUGGUACCACGUUUAAGUUAUUUUCCUUUAGUUACGGAUAAAGUUCGUAAACAUUUUUUGCGGUAUGUAGCCAACGAUAAACAAGACAGAGAAAUGUGGUUGGAAUAUGAUGGUCAACCGAUAAAGUGGCAUUAUCCUAUAGGCGUGCUUUUUGACUUAUUAAUCACAUCAGAUGACCAACUUCCGUGGAACAUAACCGUUCAUUUUGACAAAUUUCCUGAAAAUCAGAUCUAUAGAUUUAACAAUAAAGAGACUGUCGAGUCAUAUUUUAUGGCUUGUUUGAAGGAAGCAGAUGUGUUAAAACAUCGAGGACAAAUUGCAAGUAACAUGCAAAAGAAAGAUCAUAACCAGUUAUGGUUGGGCCUUCAAAAUGACAAAUUUGAACAGUUUUGGGCUGUCAAUCGUAAACUUAUGGAAGUUUCUUCAGAACAAGAGCACUUCAAAUACAUUCCAUUUAGAUGUUAUAUAGAUGAUGGAUAUCGGCAAAAACUAAUCAAACCUGUUGCAGAAGAUGGCCGUCGUAAAACAUUACAAGACUUAAUCAAUGAGAUGUUUCCUGGGAGAAAUGUCAAUAUUAAAACACACGGAAUGAUUCCACCUUUGGAAACUCCACUGCAAUGGAUGUCUGAACAUCUUAGUUAUCCUGAUAAUUUUCUGCAUUUGUGUGUACAAAUGUGAAGCUUUUGUGUGAUAGUGUGAGGAAUCUAUAUUUAUUGCCUUGAAUUAAUUAUAUUAUGAUGUGAUUUAACUAUGAUGUAGGUGCACAAUUUUUAGGAAGAGUUCCUUUUCUAUAUACAGUGUAAGUGUAAGAUAGAAUAAUUGAUAUUUCUUAAUUUAAAAUAAAUGCUUCAUUUUCAUAAAAUAUGCUUCAAAAGACAAGGUCAAGUAGAUAGAUUUAGUUUGUAGUAUGUAUCAAGCAAUUGAUGUUAUUUUCAAAAGUAAAAUAUACAUUAAAUUUUAUAUUUGCUGUACAUUUAAAAUAAAUACAACUGGACCAUUGAAAA